UUCUAUCUCACUCCAUCACAUCUGUCUCAUCAGAGCAGCACAAGAUCUCUUCUCGUCUCCCCCCCACACUCUCCUUAUUACCCUUUUUUGAAUUUCUUGCUGGUCACUCGAUCAGGACCUCCCCGGCGGUGUCCUAUUUUUUCCAUUGUGCACUUGUGCAUCACUUCAUUGUCCCACGGUCAUUUGGUACCUAACAAACUCUCACCCCGAAAUAACAACUAUUGUUGUAUCUACUCGUGCCACCACUCCCCACAAACAAAGUACUUUGAGGUCAAACGUAACCUUGUUCGCCUUUGUUUUAACGACCUUCCUUUCGACGAUUGAGAGCAUUGUCUUUUAUUAGAUAACCGAUAUCCUCUUGGCACCUUUCUGUCAAGUAUUCUCAUCAACAUCAACUGGAUCUCGGAAUCUAAGACGUGCCCGUCGGCAAGUACACUCCUUUUUCAUAUUCUCUUCGAGAGAGAAGCAGAAACUUCACAUCAGUUUCGUCAUCACAACGAAUAUCCAAAAUGCAGAUUCGAUCAUUUCUCAUCUCCGCUCUGGCUGCCGGAACAGCCACCGCGCACAUGAACAUGAAGGACCCUCCCCCUCUAGCCUACAAGGGUAACCCUAACGCCAAGGAGCCGAAUAUCGAUUACUCCAUCACUUCGCCCAUCACCCAGGCUCAGUACCCUUGCAAGAACUACCUCAAGCUCCUUGGUACUCCCGAGGGUGCUUCCGUCAAGACCUACGCUCCGGGUGAAGAUUACACCAUGAGCGUCGAAGGUGGCGCCUCCCACGACGGAGGUAGCUGCCAGCUCUCCCUGUCGUACGACAAGGGCAACACAUUCACCGUCAUCAAGUCAUUCAUUGGAAACUGCCCUACAAGUUCCGGUGGAACUUUCAACUUUAAGAUGCCCGCCGACGCCCCCGAGGGCGAUGACGUUGUUUUCGCUUGGACUUGGGUUAACCACACCGGAAACCGUGAAUACUACAUGUCUUGCGCUGUCGUCACUAUCAAGGGCGGUGCCUCGAAGCGUGAUGCCCCAGUUAAGCCUCGUGACUCCGUCGCAUUCGCCAGCCGCCCCAAGGUUUUCCAAGCCAACCUCGGAGGUGAAUACUGCACCAAGGAAGGCGUCGAUACCGUAUACCCCGAGCCUGGCCCAGAUGUUGAAAACACGUCUACCAAGCCCGGCCCCGCCGUCCUCUGCUCUUCUGGUGCGGAUGUUCCCGAGGGCUCGACCGGUGGAUCUGACUCCGGUUCGGGUUCUGGAUCCAGCGCCAGCGCAGGAUCAAGCUCCGCCGCUGCUACUACCCCAGCCGCCACAUCAGCUGCUCAGCAGACUUCCGCCGCCGCCUCUUCGACCUCAGUGUAUGUAAACCCCUCUUCACCCUCCAGUCAGGUUUCAGAUGUCUCAUCUAUUGCGGCUUCUAGCCCAAGCCAUGCUUCUGGUGUUUUGACCGUCAUUCCGAUCACCGGACUAACAUCUUCUAGCACUGGUGGUGUUUUCCUAACUGUACCCGCAUCGUCCGGCGGCGCUGCCUCUACCCCCGCUCCCACAACCUUAGCCACCUCGACUAAGGCUGCGCAAACCUCAUCGGCAGCUGCAUCCUCUUCCGCUGCUGCUGGAGGUAACACCGGUUCAGCUACCUCAAGCGCCAAUGCUCCCGCAGGUACUGGCGGUGCUGCUGGAACGCAGUCCGGCGCCUGCACUGACGAAGGCGCUUGGGCUUGCGCCGCUGAUGGUUCAUCCUUCCAACGAUGCGCCUCAGGCCAAUGGAGUGCUGCUAUGCCGAUGUCCCAGGGCACCAAGUGCAGCCCAGGCGUCAGCAACACUCUUAGCAUGCGCCGACGAGGAGGUCGCGUUCUCCGAUCAGCUCCCGGCCGUGACGGUUUGGCCUGGUAGAGCACCAAAUCUAUGGGUCUUUUACAAUUCUGGUAGUACAUAUACCUUAACCAUGAAAGGCUGAGGGGACAGGGUUUCCUGAAGCCAAUUUCUGC